CUUAGUAGUUGAACAGAUCAGGUCAGUUUCUCCACCACUAGCUCCUGCGUAAUGUGUUGAGCAGUAGGUUAAUGACGGGUUACAGUUUCAUCCCGCUGCACUGCUUGUCUAAACAGGUGACUACUGAAUGAAUGAGACGAGCAUUCAUUAAGUCCAUGCAGAGGCACGUCGAGAUUUCUCAKUCAGGUCUCUCCGGCGCCUUAACUUGAACUUUGCGUUCAAUGAGCGCAACGUAAAGAUAAGCGAUAGGAUUUGGUAAUAUCCCCGGAGGAGCCCCCAAGUCGUUAACAAACAGUCCCCACGCCUCCUCCUGUUGAUUUGCUCCCUCUGUUAAGCUGACACUGUCUUGCUUCAACAACAAACGGGUGUGUUAGCACUUCAGGCGCGGGACAGCAUGACUGGCGGACUCAAGGACUGCGAAACUGACGAGGAAUUUCUGCACUCGCCGUUCAUCAGAAAACAAGGGAACAUUUAUAAACCUAAUAACAAAGACAUGGAUAAUGACAGUAUGAGCGGGAUGAAGACGAUGCAGGAUGUCCAUACAAAAGAGAUCGACCUGGUGAACCGGGACCCCAAGCACAUAAACGACGACGUUGUAAAGGUGGACUUUGAGGAUGUGAUCGCAGAGCCUGCGGGCACGUACAGCUUCGACGGCGUGUGGAAGGCUAGCUUCACCACCUUCACYGUGACCAAGUACUGGUGCUACCGUCUCCUCACUGCCCUGGUGGGCAUCCCGCUGGCGCUGGUCUGGGGCAUCUUCUUCGCCAUCCUGUCCUUCAUCCACAUCUGGGCGGUGGUGCCAUGUGUCAAGAGCUAUCUGAUCGAGAUCCACUGUGUCAGCCGCGUCUACUCCAUCUGCGUCCACACAUUCUGCGACCCGCUGUUCGAAGCCAUGGGCAAGUGCUUCAGCAGCAUCCGCAUCAGCACCACCAAGGGGGUAUAGAAAAGACGAGGAAGUGAGGAAGAAGAGGAAGAGGAAGGGAGGAAGGGAAUAAGGAGGGGCGGUGUGGAAACCAUAACUAACAGAUUGAAAAGGGGGGAGAAGUCACCAGAAGAAAAAGAAAAGAGAGGGAACAACUUCUGCUAAAAGAAGAAGUGAGACAUUUCCAGUGCUGUGCUAGGGAUGUUGGAGGUAAGGGGACCAAGUAAUAGAGAGCAUCUGGCCCGGCUUCUCUUUCUUCCUCGACAACAAUGGUUUCUCUCUCCAGUGCUGGUUUAACCAACAGGGGCACAGGAUUACAUCGAGGGUCAUUCCUUGGGCUCUUUGUUUUUCUGUUUGUUUUUCUUUCGUUUUUUAUUCUGUAUUUGUUAGCGUUGUUUAUCACUGCAAGAGCAUCACGCUAGCCCCCCCCCCAUCCAUUCCUUCCAUUGUUCCAAAAUGUUGUGUGACCCUCUCUGAUUAUAGCUUGUUUAUUAGGGGGUAUUGGUUGAAUGACUGGUAAGUUAAUUGAUUCAUUGAUAGGCUGAUAUAAUGGAUGGUGGUGUCCACUCUGCUGGGUUUGUGUGUUUGUGGCCUGUUUUUUGGGAGGGGGAUGGUUUGGGUGGGGUGGAGGGAGAGAGGGGGGGAUAUCCCUGUGCCUGUCCCGCUGCGCUGUUUUGAGAGACAAAUCCCACCUGACACAGCACAAAAUCCUAUACCCAAAACCUUAUCAACGCCCCUCCCUCUCAGCCCCCCUACCCCCACUGACCCCCUCUCACCCCCCCCCAUGCCUGCCCUGCCUCCCAGUCUGAAACACUGAACCUGCCCUUGUUUCUGCAUGCACCGCCACAAAGCCACCGAGCCAACUAACACACUGCUGUCAGUCUAUACGCCCAGACAGACACACAGCUAUAGGACAACCUCACUCACAGAGCCUGCACUCUGCCCAGUGCCACAUCAUGACAUCCUAAUCACUCUCUCCAUCAACAUUCAGCUCCAGUUCUACUACAAGCCAGAGAGACUCAAUUCCAUGACAACAACCAGGUCUUAAAUACAGUUUUCAUAUUGUUUCUAUGUGACCGAGAAUGUUUUUUAAGUUUGAAUUUGAAUCUCGGGAGAAAUAUCACUUGAUCUUUGUUUUAAUACAUUCACACCCUAGGAUCUUUUUUUAUACCAUUGAGGUCUCUUCUCUUCUAAAAUGGACAGCAGGAUGGACCUCGUAUGUUGAUACACAUUGUGGUAGCUGUAGCUAAAUAACCAUAGCUUUUCAUUCCUACACCUUCUAAAGAUGAAGAACUUUUGUUUUAAACUUUGUUUCAAUUUUGUUGUUUUAUGCUAGCCUUGCCCAAUGUAUGCACAAGUUGAGUAGCAUUGUCAUAUAUAAUCUAUUUAGUUUUUUCCCCAAAUGAGUUUGGAUGAGUUAAGUCCCUGGUUGACUAGUUUGGUCUGGUGUAGCGUUCUGCUUGUUGGCUGUGGACAUACACCACCAAACAAGGACAAUCAGCUAACCGGUCUCCCUCCCCUGAGACCACUGCUGUUUGACAACGAAUGGGAGCAUGUUUUUGUUCUAUACUGACAUGAAUCUCACUUUGMCUGCAUCCCAAAUGGCACCCUAUUUCCUAUAUAGUGCACUACUUUUAACRGAAGCUCAGUAUGGGACCUGUUCAAAGGUAGUGCACUAAGGAAUAUGGUGCAAUUUUGGGAUGUCUCCUUUGACUCGUUCAGCUUUUGUCUACCUGCUGUCUGUGAAGAUGGUAAAUAUUAGCACGUUGCUUGAUUUAAUUAGUUUUUUGACUUGAUGAAAAGGUCAUAUGUAUUUUUAUAUWAAAAUUGAAUUUUUCCUUCCCUUGCUUUUACUGUACAAUCUCACAUCACGCUGUGCACAUUAAACAUUUGUAUAAUCCAA